GUCUUCUUGGAUACGCAGCGUUCUCCUUGGGGAAAUAGGUAUGUCGUGGAAUGGAAUAUUGGGGUAUAUUUGAUUGAUUGGCACGAUGGAUGGUCUGGGUGACUGGGAGUAUAUAAACGGCAUUGAGGACGUUGUAAUGGGGGGAGGUGACGUGAUUAAUGUGCGUUUGUCUGAACUGACUAGAAACUAUGAAGUUCAUCGCUGUGUUGUUGGCCAUUAUGGCCACUGUACUGGGGCUGCCUUUGUCGUCUCUUGUGGUAGGAGACAUUGAUAUCGCGCACCAGGCUCGAGAGCACGCAUUGCGUGAAAGGACACACUCCCCCAGCAUUGAAUCAACCCAGAAUGCCGCCCGAUCUGUAAGACUGGCGGCAAUUGAAGCACGCCAGCAGAACACAGUGCCAAAUGCAUACAUCAUCGAGAUAAAGCGCGGUUACACACACGACGCAUUCGACAAGUAUCUCCGCGACAACAACAUCGCGCACCAGUUCCGAGCCGUGUAUAAGAGCGAGAUAUUCUGGGGCGUUAGCGUUCAGCUGGAGAAGAGCAGUGAUUAUGGGAAGAUGGUGCAGUGGGCGGGGAUUGGGAAUGUCUCGCCGGUGAAGGUUAUCGGGCUGCCCGAACCGCCUGUGGUUAAGCCUGAGCCUAUGGAGUCUCCAGAUGUUGCGGUAGCUGCUACUCGAUGAGUGGAGGAGGUUGGAUUCGGGUGGUAUUGAAGCGACCUCGUGGGAUCUUUGGUUGGGUGUUGUGGCGUGUUUCAUUCUAUGUGCGAGCGGUUGAGUGGAUUCGAAACAUGAUGUAUAGUCGUGGGCGACUUCUGGUGUGUGAUUUGCAGUACUAGUAUACCGAAGAUAAGCCAGAAGUUGUUACCCUGUUGCUUUGCUUGGAAUAUCAGUAUCCGCGAUAUAAUUCAUUGUAGUCUUUUUCGCAUUGCAUCACAUCACAUUGGAUGGCAUCGUUCUGGAGAUGUCCGCCAUAGAACGACGAAAACAAUCUUGUGAACGUAUCCACAAGAUUAAGAAUUAUUCCUCAGACCAAGUCACCUCGAUAAAGAUCCACAGUAGACAGACGUUGCAAAGGUCUGGACCUGUGGCGGAG